UCCUCCUGACCUCCUCCCGGUUUCUCUUCUCUGCGGCGCAACUUGGUCCCCCUCCAAUUAAACAAAUACACACCCCAUACUACAGCCAUACACACAUACUACACACAUGAGGGAUGGCCGUCGCUGUCUUCGGAAAGAUCCUCAUCGGCAUUUACGUGGAAAUCAAACGGAGCGAUGGUCGAAUCCACCAGGCAAUGGUCACAUCACUGAAUGAAGACAACGAGAGUGUCACGGUGGAAUGGAUAGAGAAUGGAGACACGAAAGGAAAAGAGAUUGACCUGGAGAGCAUCUUUGCUCUGAACCCAGAUGUGGCUCCAGAAGAGGAGGUAGUACAGAGUCCUGAGACCCCGCCUCCUGCCACCUCCAUCUCCUCUGCUGCCAAACAAAUCAAGCCACCCAAGAACCGGCGAACAAUAGCACCCCCCAAGACUGAAACCCCAGCAAGAGAAAACAGAGCUGCAGCGGUGGGGACUACGCGGGCCAGACCCAGUCAGAUACAGCACCAGCAGAACCAACCAGAAGCACCCCCACCUGCAGCACUCACAUCCCUACAGACACAGCAGAUGACACUACAACAGCAGCAAAACGCGCGGCGGAAAUCCAACUGUGUGAAGGAGGUGGAGAAACUGCAGGAGAAACGAGAGAGAAGGCGACUGCAACAACAGGAGCUGAGAGAUAAGAAGGCACAGGAGGUAGAUGUCACUGUGCCUAACUAUGAGAUCAUGUGUAUGAUCAGAGACUUCAGAGCCAGUCUGGACUACAGGCCUCUAACCACCGCUGAUCUGAUCGAUGAGGAGCACAGGAUAUGUGUUUGUGUACGAGCACGGCCCCUCAAUAAAAAAGAGUUGACUAUGAAGGACCUGGAUGUGAUCACCAUCCCCAGUAAGGAUGUGGUGAUGGUCCAUGAGCCCAAGCAGAAGGUGGACCUGACCAGAUACCUUGAGAACCAGACCUUCCGCUUCGAUUAUGCCUUUGACGACAGCACCGACAAUGAUAUGGUCUAUCGGUUCACCGCCCGACCACUGGUGGAGACCAUCUUUGAGAGGGGAAUGGCCACCUGCUUCGCCUACGGACAGACAGGAAGUGGGAAAACACAUACUAUGGGAGGAGACUUUUCGGGGAAGAACCAGGACUGUUCUAAAGGGAUCUACGCACUGGCUGCGAGAGAUGUGUUUCUCAUGCUGAAGAAGCCAAACUACAAGAAGUUAGACCUCAAUGUCUACUCCACCUUCUUUGAGAUCUACAGCGGGAAGGUGUUUGACCUGCUGAACCGUAAAGCCAAGCUGAGGGUUCUGGAGGAUGGGAAGCAGCAGGUGCAGGUGGUUGGGCUGCAGGAGAGAGAUGUCAAAUGUACUGAAGACGUCCUCAAACUCAUAGAGGUUGGAAACAGCUGCAGGACGUCAGGUCAGACCUCGGCCAACGCCCACUCGUCCCGUAGCCACGCUGUGUUCCAGAUCAUUCUGAGGCGGCGAGGGAAGAUGCACGGCAAGUUCUCGCUGAUCGACCUGGCGGGGAACGAGAGGGGGGCCGACACGUCCAGCGCUGACCGCCAGACUCGCCUGGAGGGGGCCGAGAUCAACAAGAGCCUGCUGGCACUCAAGGAGUGUAUCAGAGCCCUGGGUCGGAACAAGCCCCACACCCCGUUUAGAGCCAGCAAGCUGACCCAGGUUCUUAGAGACUCCUUCAUUGGGGAGAACUCCAGGACCUGCAUGAUUGCCACUAUAUCUCCUGGAAUGGCUUCCUGUGAAAACACUCUAAACACUCUGAGAUACGCCAACAGAGUGAAGGAGUUUGGGAUCAGCCCAUCAGACAUCCCCUUCUCCCAGCAGCAGGGUGGUGGAGGGGGGAGUCGUGCUGAGCUCUCCCCCACUAACACCUACGAGUACGAUGACUUUCCCACCUCUCCCACCAGGGUGAAGGAGCUGACGGUGGCCCCCGGGGUGAUGAUGGAGGGGCGGGGAGGACACAGCGUCACCCAGCUGGAGGUCCUGGAGGCUCAGUGGGGGGUCGGCAGCUCCCCUCAGAGGGACGACCUCAAACUUCUCUGUGAACAGAAUGAAGAGGAGGUGUCCCCCCAGCUCUUUACCUUUCAUGAAGCUGUGUCUCAGCUGGUGGAGAUGGAGGAACAGGUGCUGGAAGACCACCGAGCUGUGUUUCAGGAGUCUAUCCGCUGGCUGGAGGAUGAGAAGGUUCUGUUGGAGAUGACAGAGGAAGUGGACUACGAUGUAGACUCCUACGCCACGCAGCUAGAACAGAUCCUGGAUCAGAAGAUAGACAUCCUCAUUGAGCUCAGAGACAAAGUGAAGGGUUUCCGUUCUACGCUCCAGGAAGAGGAGCAGGCAAGCAAACAGAUCAACCCCAAGAGGCCUCGCGCUCUUUAGACACACACUCACACACAUUCAAACACACACACAUACGUACUUACGUCACUAAUCUCAACACUUAACUGGAACCCUCUGACAUUAAGGCUACUUGAGUCGGUCAUAAGCAUGACAUAACUGAUGUCCUAAGCCAUGGUCCCUAAAAGAUGGUCGGGGCCCAUUGCAGUACUGGGUUGUGGAUAUCUAAAUGUGGGUUGUGGCCUAAAGCAUUGUUUAAUUUGUCCAGAGGGGCAUAUUGACAUUUAAAGGUUUUUAAAUAAAUAGGGGUCACAGCACAAAAAAUCUGGAAACCACUGUUGUACAAGCAACUGAUUUAGACAUUUGUUUAGACCUAAAUAAGAUCCAUGCUAUGAUGUAUUUUAUGAUUGAAGGAUCAUGAGGUGUUGCCCCAUUCUCUAUGUAAAGGCUCUCAUUGCUGCUUGGAAAUAUCCUCCAUCCAUCUAUCCAUCCAUUUAUCCAUCUGUUAAACCGAGGGCAGAUUCUCUCUUCUUUCCAUGUAUGUACAUGGGUAAUGUAUCUAUGUGGUGAAAAAACUAUUGACUGCUUUUCAUUUAAACAAAGAAAAGAGGGAAGGAUUUCUUUUAUGCACCUUUUUAUAAGAUAAACUGUAAGAUAUGAUUGAUUUGACCUCCAGCCAAUUUUAAGAAUCAAAACAAUGUAUUUAUUUAGUAACUAUUAACUACCGUAUUCAAUCCUGCUCCUGGAGAGUUUUAGUGUGUGCAGGCUUUCUUUCCAGCCCAGCACUAACACACCUGACUCAACAAAUCAACUAAUCACCAAGACCGUGAUCGGCUGAAUUAGAUGUGUUACUGCUAGGUCGGGGCAAAAGCCUGCACACACUGCAUUCAGCUCUAGGACCAAGAGCAACAAAGAUUGAUUUAGUAGGAAAUACAUUUCUGACCACCUCUUCUGAUGAUGUAGCUUAUAUGGGUUGAGGAAGUGAUCAUGUGUUGGUCUGGGAGCCAACCAGAUGCAUGCAUGCACAAACCAGCUGUGAUUGUACUUUAUACCAUGGCAUUGUUGAAUACUCGUUUCUGAUAGGCUUGAAGGGCAUUCUAGAGCGUGCAUUAUUUCCCU